AUGCAGGGAGGUAGGAGCCCACCUCAGAAAUCAUCAGACAAUUAUGACAAACAUGAGAAUGGCAGACUUUGGAUAGGUUGGGAUCCUAGAAUUUGGGAGAUUAAGAAUGUAAUGUCUUCUGAGCAGUAUCUACAUAGUGAGGUCUACUUAGCCAAUGGUACCUUCUCUCAUUAUAUGACUGCCAUUUAUGCCCUCAACCAACUGAGUCAUAGGAAGAAUCUCUGGAAUGAUAUACAAAGCCUGGGGGACAGAAUUAAUAUGCCCUGGAUCAUCAUUGGUGACUACAAUAAUGUCCUAAAGGUUAAUGAUCGCAUGGGAGGAAAUGAGGUUCAAGAAUAUGAGUAUAGAGAUUUGGAGAAUAUGAUGGAAGCUAUUGGUGUGUAUGAACAUGAAACCCAGGGUCCUCAUUUCACCUGGUCAAACAAACAUAGCCAGAAUCUGAUACAUUCCAGAAUUGACAGGGCCCUCUGCAAUAGUUUAUGGUUCACUAAAUUCCAGGAUAGUAGGAUUGAUGUGCUAAACCCACACAUUUCAGAUCACUCCCCUCUGAAAGUUUGGAUGGAUAGGCAUAAUAUGAUUAGCAGACAGAAGAGGAGAUUUAAGUUCCUCAAUUGUGUGACUGAGAAGCCUGAAUUUAUGGAGAUUCUGAGGAGCAAUUGGCAACAAGAGAUAGAGGGUAGACCCAUGUAUAAGCUAUGGAGGAAACUCUUUAGACUGCAACCAGAACUACAAAAGUUAAACAGAUAA